GGAAAAAAUCACAAGACUGGACUUGCUUAUCAUUCCAACAAAGACAUCCAGCCCUGUGCUUAAGACUGGCUGUGACUGGUGUGGAAUACCCAGGUGAUGUAAUUUUUCUCUGAAAAGCCUUAGUUUAAGUAAUUAUGACAUUAACCAGUCUUUUCUGAUUUUUCUGAAUAUUUUCAGCUCAUCAUAAUGUAUUUAAGAAAGUUUUGAUACUCGGAAUGCUGACAUUUCUUUCACAAACUGUGUCUACUUUGGACUUUGGGAGUGAGUGGUAGGAAUUUAAAGCAUGCCCAGGCUCCCAGAAAAGCUUCCCUGCUUUCAGCCAUACCACUGGUCUCAAAUGGGUUGGUCCUCAGUUCCAGUACAAUCAGUCUUGGCUUCCCAUGUAGCCAUGACAGAACUUGGCAGCAGGGAGUGAUGUGCAAGGUCAGAGUAAGUUUAUGCAAAAUAUGAUGAUUCUAUGAAAGUAUUUUUUGGCUAUUCCCUGGGCUGCAGUUGCUUCCUUCUCCAUUAGAUAUUGAUGGAUUUCACUAAAUUAGACGAGGAAAACUUUGUCUUAAGAAUCCUGUAAUCUUAAAUACGAGUAGCUAGAGAAUAUGUGAAAUAAAUUGGCAACUUUUCCUAGUUGCAAAUUGGAUGAUUUCUGAAAGUGUUCUUGCUGGACAAUCUAAAUUAUGUUCUCAACUUCUCUAAGUAUACAUUCCUUGCUAAGGAUUAACAUUACCAUGGAAUAAAAAGGGAAACAAUUAUGUGUUUUGUUGGUAAAGAGGAAACAAGUUUUCCCUUAACUUCAUCUCUUGGCCACUUCCACUGGAACAGGUUGUGAACAAGCCUAAAACAGGAACUUUCAAAACCAGAAAGUCUUAAUAAUUAGAAGAAAUUAGCAUCUUAAAUAUUACACGUACAUUGCUUGGUGCACAGCCUGGAUAUAUAUUUGCUACAGAGAUACACACCCAGCUACACAGGGGCUGUCUGGUGGGGUGAGAUUGAGAAAUGGAAGAGUUUUACUGCACUUGGAAAAUCGUAUCAUCACCAUCACGCAGGGAUUAAGGCUGGUUAAGCAGCAUGAGAACUGAGAAACAAUGAAGGCAGGGACAGCCCUGGGGCUGUGGGUGGAAGGAGAAGGAGGGGGGAAGGAGGAGGAGGAGGAGGAAGGCAGCUGCUUGCCAGCCCUCAGAGCCUGCCAAGCUGCUAGUCAGUGCUGACCGCAUGGCCGGGAGCAGGAGCAAGGCCACUCUCCGUGUGUGGCUCGUGUGCCCUGGGCUGCUCAGCUGCUUCUUGCUGGGCUUCCUUACAGGAUGGUUUACAAAAUUGACCGAGGAAAACCCCAAUUCUUCAGAUGUCCAUCAAAAUGUGAGACAGAAACUUGUGGCUGAAAUGAAAGCAGAGAAUAUCAGGAAAUUUCUUCGUUCAUUUACCAAGUUGCCUCACCUCGCAGGAACUGAACAGAAUCUUCUCCUUGCCAAAAAAAUUCAAGGCCAGUGGAAAGAAUUUGGACUGGAUUCAGCAGAACUUGUUAAUUAUGAUGUGCUUCUUUCAUACCCAAAUGAAAAGCAGCCAAACUACAUUUCAGUAAUUGAUGAUCAAGGGAAUGAGGUUUUCAAUACAUCAUUGUUUGAACCACCUCCACAGGGAUAUGAAAACAUCACUGAUAUACUACCACCAUAUAAUGCGUUUUCAGCACAAGGAGUGCCAGAGGCAGAUCUGGUGUAUGUGAAUUAUGGCCGUACGGAAGAUUUUUUUAAGCUGGAGCGUGAAAUGGGAAUUAACUGUACAGGAAAGAUUGUAAUUGCCAGAUAUGGGAAGAUCUUCAGAGGAAAUAAAGUUAAAAAUGCCAUAUUAGCAGGAGCCCAGGGGAUCAUACUUUACUCAGACCCUGCUGACUACUGUGCCCCAGGAGUAGACGCUUAUCCAGGGGGAUGGAACCUUCCAGGUGGAGGAGUCCAGCGUGGGAAUGUUCUAAAUCUGAAUGGAGCUGGGGAUCCUCUAACACCAGGUUAUCCUGCAAAAGAGUACACUUUCAGGUAUAAAGCUAAUGAAGGUGUAGGGAUUCCCAAAAUCCCGGUUCAUCCCAUUGGAUAUCAUGAUGCAGAAGUAUUACUGCGUGCAAUGGGAGGACUUGCAGCUCCAGACAGCAGCUGGAAGGGAGGUCUCAGUGUGCCUUAUAAUAUAGGACCAGGAUUCACAGGCAACUCUUCUACAAGAAAAGUGAGAAUGCAUGUUCAAACAAGCAAUAAAAUAACACGAAUUUACAAUGUCAUUGGCAUCCUCAGGGGAGCUCUGGAACCAGACAGAUACAUUAUUUUAGGUGGUCAUAGAGACUCUUGGGUGUUUGGUGGUAUUGAUCCAACGACCGGUGCCGCUGUUCUGCAAGAAAUUGUUCGGAGUUUUGGUAAAAUGAAGAUGGAAGGUUGGAGACCUAGGCGAACUAUUAUUUUUGCUAGCUGGGAUGCAGAAGAAUUUGGAUUGUUGGGUUCCACAGAAUGGGCUGAGGAAAAUUCCAAAGUCCUUCAGGAACGGGCAGUCGCUUACAUCAACACAGACUCUUCUAUAGAAGGUAACUACACAUUAAGAGUUGACUGUACCCCUCUUCUCUACAAACUGGUGUAUAAUCUAACAAAAGAGAUUUUAAGCCCUGAUGAGGGUUAUGAAAAUAAAUCUCUUUAUGAGAGCUGGCUUGAGAAAGAUCCUGCACCUGAAAAUAAUACCUAUCCCAGAAUAAAUAAACUGGGGUCAGGCAGUGAUUUUGAAGCUUACUUCCAGCGACUGGGAAUUGCAUCAGGCAGAGCUCGUUACACCAAGAACAGGAAAGCAGACAAAUUCAGCAAUUAUCCUGUUUAUCACACUGUGUAUGAGACAUUUGAGCUAGUGGAAAAAUUUUAUGACCCCACCUUCAAGAAACAGCUAACAAUUGCCCAGUUACGAGGCAAACUGGUUUAUGAACUGGCAGAUUCCCAGGUCAUUCCCUUCGACUCGAGAGACUACGGAGAAGCCUUAAAAGGAUACAGCAACAGAAUUUAUAAAUUGGCCAAGAAGCAUGAAGAACAGCUGAAACUUUACAAAGUAUCAUUUGAUCCUCUUUUUUCUGCUGUGGUGAACUUCUCAAAGGCUGCUGCUGCAUUUCACAGGAGACUUGAACAAGUUGACAAGAAAGAUCCAGUUGCAGUGCGCAUCAUGAACGAUCAGCUGAUGUUGACAGAAAGAGCUUUCACUGAUCCUCUGGGCUUGCCAGGAAGGAAGUUUUACAGACAUGUUAUCUUUGCUCCAAGCAGCCACAACAAAUAUGCAGGAGAAUCCUUCCCAGGAAUCUAUGAUGCCAUGUUUGAUAUUGAAAGCAAAGCUGAUCAACGUGAAGCCUGGGAAGAAGUGAAGAGGCAGAUUUCCAUUGCAGCCUUCACCGUGCAGGCAGCAGCAGAAACACUGAAAGAAGUAGCAUAAGGUGAUGGCUUUGAAAAGUCACACAGUGGAGAGUGACACACGGAGUUGUCACAGUUGGCUGUUGCAGUGGCCCAAUGCCCCUGACUGCCUGCCCCACCUGAGUCUCCAGCCUCCUGAACUGCAUGGUGAUCUUUUUCAUAUUUUUUCCAUCUGAAGGAGCUGGAGGACAUUGUUACUAUUAGCAUGGAGCUUGAGAUAAUCCUGUCUUCAAAUAGACCUGAAGAAUGUUUCCCAUCGGGAGCUGAUUCUACAUUCAAAGAGGAACUGAAAUGCAUGAAAAGGCCAGUUGUACAAAACUGUUUAAUUUGUAUAUAAGGAUAGAAAAAAAAUUUAAAAUUCUUGCUUCAUUUUCCCUUUAGAUGUAAUUUUCAUCUAAAUGCUUUGAAACUAAUAAAAUUGCUAGAAUUUUACUGAAUCACAUUCCAGCUUGUGGGAACUCACACUAACCAAUUUCUUCUCUUAUGUGAAAUAUACUACAGUUUUUCUCACUACCAUAAAUUGCACCAGGUUGUGGAAAUAAAAUCUUCAUUCUAUGGGGAAUAGAACAGAUGUGGUCCUAAAAAGAACAGAAUUAGAGAAGUAGGACAGAGGAGUUGUUCUCUUCUCAGAUGCCUUGAAUUCAAACAAGGAAACCAGAAAUAACUUGUGGGAAGUUGUUUUAGGGGAUAUACACCACCAAGAAGCGAGGCUUUCAUUAACAUCACUUCCAAUAAGCCUCCAUGAAAGAUGAAAAAUUAUGUACUUGUGGAUUUUGUUCUCAAAAUGGGACUGGUACAUAAUAGUACUGUUUUGUUUUAUUUCCUUUCUUUGAACCAUGUGCCCUUCUUGUUCAUUAUAAUUUUUCAUUAACUGCAACAGGCAGUACUGAAUGUGUCCCCAAGGAAGGGUUAGGAUAUCUAGAUGGUGGAAAAAAAGCCAUUAGUGUCUCUUAUGAGCAGCAACCAAAUUUGGAUCUAUCAGUAGCUGCUGCUGUAGGAUCAUUGGAGUAUAAGGCAAAAAAGGCAUUUUCACACUGAAAGGAAAUAUUUGACAAAACUUUA